AUGACUUCAGGUCGCAUUGAAAACAUUGAUGCAUUGCCAAUGUUGCAAAUGGUUGUGGCAUUAGACCCACGUUACAAGAAACUCGGCUGUCUCUCAAGAGAGAAACGUGAAGCAGUUUGGACAAUACUUUCUAAUGCAUUUCGGGUGUACUGUGACCAAAGGCAGAGAGCUGAACGUGAAACUACUACCAGCACUGACGAGGCACCAGAACCUGUGCGUAAGAAACUGAAACUUACUUUGUUGGUCAGCGACUCGGAAUCGCAAUCCUCAUCAGAUAAAUCACAAACAGUACAUGGCUCGCUGGCUGAGCUCACACGAUAUCAAGAAGAAGGUGUCAUUCCAGAAACUGAGAAUCCCCUCAUGUUGUGGCAACUAAACAGGCAUCGUUACUCUAACCUGAGGAGUUUUGUGCAGACAAUUCUGUGUGUACCUGCCACUUCUGUUCCUUGUGAAAGACUGUUUAGUUCGUCAGGGUACAUUGUCAACAAACUGCGAUCUUGUCUACUUCCAGAAAACGUUAACGUCCUCGUUUGUUUACGUGACUGGCUAAAGUGA